AUGGUGGUCUCAUCAUCUUUCCAAGAGUUAAACAAACUGCUGGAUGAGUUUGCUGAAAGUGAUGGGGAUGUGGAUAGUGCCUACACAGAAGGAAGAAUAUGUGCUGUGUUGAGCAGUUCGGAAGCUACCUCUGCGUUGCUUUGCAGUGACACGGCAGAGCAGGUGGGGCUGUUUGCCCGAAGAUCAACGCAACAUGUGCUGAAGGGAGCCGCUUCGGGCCGCUUGAAGUUACAGCGAGCACUUUCCAGAUUUUUCGUGUCUGCGGCAGAUCUUGGAGAUGAGUUUCCAAUGACGGCAGUGUUGACUUUGGGUGGGCUGUUGUUGGCCUUGCGGCAAGGCUUCGAACACGCACUGGCUGCAGAUGUUCUGGUAGCCCUCCAGUUUGUACAGUCUUGGCUGGCUGGAGGAGCUUUGGAGGUGGUAGUUACAGCAUUGAUAAGGAGGAACCACAUGUUCUCACCAGAAGUUGCUCAAGCAGCUUCUGGAUGGCUCUGUGGUUUGCAGGAUCAACUGGCAGCUGCGUGUGCGAGGAUCUUCCAUGAGCCUACUGGGAAAGACUUCGUGGAAUGGUUGGAGUCUUCGUACCUGAGCAGGCUUGUUGAAACACUGCUGAUGGCAAUGCGCUCGGAACCAUGCUUCCAUCAUCUCGAGAUGAACCCUUCGUGCUGGGACAUUUUGGGACGCAUGUCCCUCAGGGGCAAUGCCAGCGCCCUCGCUCGUGCAUUUUGCAAGGCGGCUCUCACUUCGAUGGAUUUCGCCGUCAUGCUGGGGAAAUCAAUUUCAAGAUUGGCAGACCAGCAUCCACAAGCAAGCAGAGCGUUGGUUUGUGCAAUUUUGCGCGAUGCAGGAACAUUCUUUCAGACGUCUGGCUGUCGGCUGGUUGUCUGCGGGGACGAAGGCAUGGCACGGUUUUCCGCAUUGAUACAUCCAUCGUUAGGAACUGGUCGCCCUAUCCAGCAGCUUCUUGCCGUCCAGCUUUGGCAGAAACGAUGUGGCAGUGAAUUGUCAUCUGCAGCAGUCUUCUUUAUAGUUGACACGAUACAUGCAGCUGGGGUAGACUGCUGGUGGCCAGCCUAUGCACACUGGUUAGAGGCAUGGGCCGAUCCUUCCCAUUUUCAGUCUUCAGACCUCGCGGCGGAACGAAACUUGGCGCUGAGACUGGCACGAGCAGCCCGUGUACACAUAGCGGACCAAGAUCCGAUCCCUGGACAUUCCUCGAAAUAUUUAUUGCAAGGUAUUCAUCUCAGACUGUCUGCGCAGACGAGAGAGCGACGAUUGCUCGGAAUGGCCUUGGCCGAACUGUUGGCCGAGCGCUGGUGCUCGGGAGUCGACGAGCAACAAAAGCAGCUCCGAUUUGAUGGCUUCGACAGGCGCGAUGCAGCUGUGGCAGACUUUCAGCUGGCUGGCGCCGAUUUCGAAGUUGUCGCCGGGGAAGUUGUGGCAGAGACACAUCCACAAGUUCCGUCGGUCGCAAGCUUUGAGAAGGAGGAGGUGGAGGAGCUUCCUUGCCAGACCCUGUCACAAGCAGAGCCACAGCCGGUGCCGGAAGAGGACAGCGACGACGAGGAUGAAUGCCAUCCGCUCCGUGGGUUGUCUCCCUUGCAGCCAUUGGAUGUGCAAAACGACUCUUGCUCGGACCUGCUCCUCGUCCAGCAUCCCACUUUCCUCCAGAGUGCGUACGAGAUGCUGCUUGGGCCUGUAAAAACCCCCUCCACGCCGCUGAGUGACGAGGCCUUCGGCAAGCCAGGCUCUGCUCCGGAGCCCCCAGCAGUGGCACGGGCCAGAAUUUGGACAGCCUUGGCAGACCUGCCUGCGCUUCUUGCUGCGGGUUCUGAUGAUCUUCCCAGGCUUGCGGAGCCCCUGUGUGUUCGUCUGCUCCGGCUAGAGGUGAGUGGCCAAGAACUCCAGGACAUGAGAGUCGAGGCUCUCGUGGCCUUGCUGGUGGCUGAUGCUAGCCGGCGCCAAGCUGUUCAAUGCCUCACUGCAAACUUCACUACAGAGGACCUCUCCUUGAACGAGCGCCGAGCUAUUCUGCUCGUGCUGUCGUCCGCCGCGCAGAAGCUUUCGAGCAAGGAGGUCGAGGAGACCAGGGCCGCAGGCCAAGGAUCCUCGCCGGCAGCACAGCUUUCCGGAAAAUCGCGCCGGUUUGCAUCAGCCACGAAGAUGCCGGCAUCUUUCAGAAACAGGUUCUCCGCAGAAGCACGCCAUUUCGUACUUCCGCUGGUGAACAGGUGGAAGCAGCCCGAUGGUGGAGCAGCCAAGUGGGCUGUGGGGGAGCCAAAUCUGGUCGCGGAGUUCCUUCGGUCUCUGGCGGUCAUGCUCGAAUGCGCGGGCCGAGCUUGCUCGGACCGGGAAGUGCUCUGUCAGCAUUGCGUGGAAUUGGCGGAAGAGGCUCUGCGUCAUUUGGAAUCGCAAGUCCCACUCUGGCUCGACGAGUUCAAAGAUUUUAGAUUCCUGAUCACUUUCGACGCCAUGUCGACUACUCCAGCGGCAGCCUCGUCGUCGGCGCAGCAGAUGCCGAGAAAGGCACCGCCGCAGCGGCCUCAGACGACGGUCACGCCGGAAGCUGGAGUCCACGUCGCAGUUCGAGAGCUUCGCAACGUCCUCCGGAAGGGACGCGACGGUGGAUUCGGCGCAUGGGCGGAACUGGCGGCGAGCCUGGACAUGGAGGACCGGACCUCACUCGCCGAGCUCCUCGCCGUGACGGCCGUGGUUCCACCGACUUCCCCGCCCACCGACGAGGAACGCCGGGUCUACAUGGGGAGGCUGUUCCCGCAGCGGGCCACGACGGAGGGGACGCCGGUGAUUGUGAAGGCAGCUCCAAGGCCGCCGCCGACCACCUCUGCCACGCCGGGACAUGGAUCUAUGACGCCCAGCUCGACGGGUCCCAGGACAUCGCCGAUGGCAUCAACCACGCCGCCUCCACCGACGGGUCCCGGGAGCUCAUCGGCGGCGACUAUCCUGCAGCAGAACGUCGGGGCGCCGCCCACGGCGUGGGCACACCAGGUGAGCUGGCAGCCGACUGCGGCGGCCUUCUUGGACCCGACGGAAGCGAGGGAGCCCGAGACCACGGCGUCGCCGACCAUAACGGGGUUCCCGGGUCUCGCCGCAAUGGAAGCCCAGUCGGCGAUGCCUUCUGGCACGGCCACGCCGGCAUACUACAUCGACGCGGCUGGUCAUCGGGUGAGGGCCCCGCCAGAGGGGGCACGACGUCCUGUCGACGCCACUGGCAUCCAGACGCCGGCUUCGACUGUCGGCGGGGGGGGCGCCGAAGAAGUCAUCAACAUCGCCGCGUCACUGCUUCGGCAGGUGGGCCCCCGACAGGAUGACGACGCCCAUUCGACGGCCGGGAGCCAGACAUCGGCAGCCAGAGGGCGGUCGACGCAACGAGGAGGGCGGCCGACCAUGGACCCGCCGCCGCCUCCCCCAGUGGUCGACGCACCCCCAUCCAGGUCCAGCUUCCCGCCGCUCUCGGCGGCUUCUACGCCAUGGCAGUCCACACCGCCGAGUCCGAGGGCAUCCACAACGAGAGCGCCGACCCCCCCGGCGGUGGCGGCAGAGCGCCCGGAUUGGAUGUUCCCGCCGGGCGCAAGGCCAGCAGACGACCCCGCCGGCUCCUCCAUGGACGCCGGGCCUUCGACCACUACCAGGACGACGACACCGACGGGGGCACGCUCAAGGUCCAAGACGGCGGCGGGGUUCCGCGAGCACCUGAGCGACGAAAGGAUCCGCCAAAUCGAGAUCAACAUGACCGACGACUAUCGGCAGCACAAGCGGGCCAUGCAUCGCCGGGGCGCUCGCGCCGUCGACGACCCGCCGAAGUCAGUCAAGCACUUGCUCAGGCGGACCCUGAACGACGUGAUCGCCGAGGAGAACCUGGACAAGCAGGGCAUCGACGGGCACAAGCCCAAGCCCCCGCCGACCUCGGCGCCCACCUACUGUGCAUACUGGUUCUGCUCGACGCUACCCGCCAACACACGCGGCGCCCGGAUCCCCUGGCAAAGCCAGGAGGCCGGCCGACGUGUGCUUGGUUGGUGCUCGCACCCUUGCACGUCGCCGCAAUGCCCUCAUUUUGAAGAUCUUUACGACGUGGACUCGCCGGGCCUAGGCCGCUGCCUGCGUCCCGUCGUCGAGGGCAACGGACUGAUCUUUCACGACGCCAGCGGGUGCCCCUGUCACCCGGCUCCGGCCAUCGGGACGCCGGUCAUGAACCAACAAGUCGCAUCGUCGGGACCCUCCGCGACUGUCGCCGACUUCUUUCGCGACGUCGCUUCGGCAGGCGGUUCGGCCUACAUCGCGACAUUGGCCAGGUUCGGCGCGAUCAACACGCCGGCAGUGAGGGACUCCUUCGCCGUCCUUUUGGAGAACGGCGUGCCCGAGGGCCUCUUGCUGCAGAUCCUGGCGCCGGUGCCGCCGACGCAGCCGGAACCAACGGCGGCCAGGCCACCCAGGCACGAUGUGCCGAAUAGAAGGACCCUACCCCGGGCAUCUUUGACGGCGGCUUUGGAGGCUAUGGACCCCGGGCGACACCAAGACACACUAGCAGCCAUCGACGCCAAUCUGCUGGCAUCGUCGACCCGCCGGGCCAUGGAGUCGCGAGUGAGGACGGUGAGCGCCCUGGCAGACAGAGGUCAGUUCCCCCUCUUCCCGCUCGACGCCAACAAGCUUCACACCAUCGCCGGGGCUAUGCGGAUCGCCGGCUACAGAUCGACCGGGCUGUACCUCGACGCGGUGGUAUGGCACCAGGAGAACACCCUCCACACGCCGGUCACACCUGGACUUCGACGUGUGGUCAAAACCCUGACCAAGGCAGCGGCGAGGGGCCUGCCAGGGUCCAGGCUCAAACAGGCAUUCGACCUCGACGAGCUCAGCAAGUUGGUCGACGACACGGCGCCAUUCGGGCCCUUCAACGCCGGCCUGGUGGCUCAUGCCGUCGAUGUUGUCAUCGUCGCUACUUGGUUUAUGCUGAGGGAGGUGGAGCUCGCGGCGGCCCGGGUCAGAGACCUCGGCGUGACCUUGUCGACGGUGUCGCUCGACAUACCCCUGCACAAAACGGCGCAGGGGGGGCAGGCCGAUCUCACACGACGCACAUUCAGGUGCGUUUGCACUUCGACGGCCCACCCACUCUGCCCAAGAUGCGCCGCACACCGCCACCUUCGGCGGAUACAGGCCUCCGCGGCCGCGACGCCGGCCGACUUCCUGUUUCCGACUAGACCGACGGUGCAGAGGUCCAAGGCGGAGUCGGCAGAGAUGUUUCGGCUGGUGCUGGACGCCGCCGGCUUCGAGACGGUGUACCUCGACGAACAAGGCAAGCGCCGCUUGAUCUUCGGCGGCCACGCCGCCAGAGGGGUCCCGGUCGCCGUGAUCCAGCUGCUCGGCCGAUGGGCCUCCACCGCCGUCGAACGGUGUGUUCAACAGGCACCCCUCGCCGUGGCAGCAGGCGUUCCAGCCCAGGCCUUGGCAGCGCCGAGCUCGUCGACAACGACGCCGGCCCAGCCCCUGGCGACACCGACGCCGCCGGCCCUCAUGGACUUGUUGCCGACGGGGAACGCAGCAGGGCACGCCGAUACGGCGGUGCCGACCUCGCAGCAGAUGGUGCCCAACGUCGACUUCGCGGCAGAGGUGCCCGGCGUGGAGUUCGUGCCAGAACCCGCCAGGAUGCCAGUAGCCGACGCGAUCGGCGACUCGGCGCCCCGGUAUGUCAUGAACUGCCGCACCAAGAUGGUGCACACGCCGGGGGUCGACGAAGCGUCGACAGAAAGGUCGGAUUGGCAGGCCAAGUGCGGCUGGCCUUACGGCGUGCGACAGUUCUUUCGCCUGUCCGAGCUGCCGCCGGAUCCGGCCUUAUGCCGCAAGUGCUUCCCGACGGAAACCGUCGAUGUUGAGGCACCGGAGGCGAUCGACUCGUCGUCGAGCUCCUCGUCCUCCACUAGCGGAGCGACGUCGGACUCCGACUGA